GCGGAUGUCACUGAACACUGAACCACAACUAAAUUUCUAGCAGCAGCAGCUCUAAUAGGGUAAUGCUGUUGUGCACUAUAUCGACUACCCUCUUGCGACGUCCGAGUUUGAAUGGUCGGUUGGCUUGGAUCAAGGACGGAUGAAAUUCAUGGGAAGAGCUGCAGUAAGGGCAUCUUGUCCUUGCACCUAUUUUCAACCAAAUGCUAACGGGGCCUGAGGCCUGGUGGGUUAGACAUCCGAACGCAUCAUGCUUGUACUCUACACAAGCCGAAUGGCAAAACUCCCACACGAAUUCUACUUACAGUACUACGAUGGCCAUGAAAUCCGACAUCCUGUUCUCGACCCUCGAUUAAGCAAUCACCAGCAGACGCUUGGACGACCUGACUCAAUGAGCCUUCAGAGUUUCAGAGUUUGAUAAAAUGCGACCAGCCCAAACUCGUACUAAACCUGGACCGAGAAUAGAUGCCGCAGCGAUUCAUCCCAGACCCAGUAACUGAUGGUAAUGUAGGAGCCAGGUUAUGAAACUGGAUGGAAAUAUUGCGGACAACCUUUGGAAAUGGGGACCGACAGAAUCGUACGUCUCCUCAUUUCAUGGGAAGUGUCCCUUUGAACAGGGCGAUUUCGGUCACCGGACAGUACUUCUCAACUUCCAUCGUAGCAUUUCCAUGUGACAGGUAUAUAAGGGUAAGGUUAACACUCGAGACCUCCGGCAGCGAUGUCUACAAUCAUUCCGUACUGGCCCUUUGUCGCCCUAGCUCUGGCUGUUAUCCUCAUCUUUGACCUUCACCGUCGCAGCAAGGCGUGCCAUUACCCUCCUGGGCCCAAGCCCCGACUUUUCGUAGGCAACCUAUUCGAUAUCCCCGCGAUCAAACCAUGGAAAGUAUAUCGCGAUUGGGGGAAAUUAUAUGGCGACUUGAUCCAUUUUCAAGUGAACGGACGACAUACCAUCGUCGUCAAUUCUCGGGAACUCGCUGACAGGAUGUUCGAAAAGCGCUCUCGCAUUUAUUCAGAUCGACCUUUUAUCCCUAUGAUGGAGCUAACAGGCUGGUUGAAAAUGGCCACCGGUCUGAUGCGUUACGGACAGGAUUGGCGAGUGCACAGAAGAGUGUAUAAGCAGGGAUUUCGGGCUAUGGUCGUCCCAGAGUAUCAGCCUAUCGUUCUGUCGAAAGUCAAUCAAUUCCUAUCGAACUUGCGUCAAACUCCAGAGUUGUUUAGGAACCACAUAAGGACGUAUCCAGCAGCUGUCAUACUCGCAACGGUGUACGGAUACGACAUUGCAUCGUCCAAUGACCCGCUUGUUGAUCUUUCAGAAGAGGCAACCGGUACGGUCAUAGAGGGUGUGCACCCGUCUACAGUUGUCGUGAACGUUCUUCCUUUCCUACGUCACCUUCCGCUUGAGCCCCCGAUAUUUGCUUUCCAACGAAUUGCACGAAGAACACGAAGAUUACUGAAUAAAAUGAGGACGGUGCCGUAUGACUUCGUCAGGAACAGCAUGGCGACCGGAAAAGGGAGCCCUUCUUUUCUUGCUAAGCUCCUAGAAGAUCACAAAGCGAACGACAGAGACGAAUAUCAAGAAGAGUUAAUAAGAGAUGCCGUCACUACAGCUUACGGCGCCGGUUCAGAGACUACUGCCUCUGCCCUCGCGACUUUCUUCCUCGCCAUGGCUCUUCAUCCAGAAAAGCAGAGACGGGCUCAACUGGAGCUUGAUACCGUACUAGGAAAAGAUAAGCUUCCGACCUAUGUCGAUCGUCCCGAUUUGCCCUACGUCGAGGCCAUCUUACGGGAGACACUCCGUUGGUCACCAGUACUUCCCCUUGGUGUAUUUCGCGCGGCAUUCUUGGACGACACAAUAGACGGUUAUUUCAUUCCAAAAGGUGCUACUGUUAUUAGCAACAUCUGGGCCAUGACCCGGAACGAGGCCUUCUAUCCAGAACCCGAGUGUUUCAUCCCGGAGAGAUUUCUGACGAAGGAUGGGAUAUGCAAUGAAGACCAAAUGUCACUGGCGUUCGGAUUUGGAAGAAGGAUCUGUGCUGCACAACAUUUCGCGAUCUUGAUGCUUUGGACCGCAAUGGCGUCAAUUUUAUUGCAGUUUGAUAUUGGGCAACCUGAGGAUGAAGAGGGAACACCGAUUACCUGUUUAGCUGAUGCUAAUUAUUCUGAGGGCCUUGCGAUCCAUGCCGGUCCUUUUCGAUGCAUGAUCAAACCACGGAUGGGUUGAAUCUAGUUGUUGAAGACAUAACUGCUGAUAUUUGGAUGAACUGACUACUACCCUGGACUCUGCAGUCUGUCUUUACUGUUUUAACUUUUGUUUUUAGGCUUGUGGUUAGACGGCUACUGGUCUCGCCGGGUGUAAACACGACUCCCAGACGGCAGUCUCCUUAACUAAGCUCUUCCAUC